AUGUCACAACUCGAACCGAUAAUCAUCAUUGGCGGCGGUCCAGUCGGACUCGCUACAGCCCUUGCGUUUGAAAAGGCAGGUAUUGACUUCGUGCUUCUGGAAAAAAAGGACAAUGUUGCGGUAGGAGAAGGGGGUGACUUGGUUCUCUUGCCUCCAGCUCUACGCGCGUUGUCACAGCUUGGGGUUCUUGAGGACAUUCGAAAAGCUAGUACUCGACUGCGCUCAUUGUCUCGCGUAGACCAUAAGGGGCGAGAUAUCGGAGAGAUGAACUGGUUUAUAAACUACCGAAAAAGGUUCGGACAAUAUCCCCUGCUCGUACCACGAACGAAGCUUUCGGAAAUCCUGUUCAACCAUCUUUCGAAACAUUCCAAAAGGAAAGUGUAUUUGAAUAAGAAGGUCACGAAUUUAGAACUCCAUCCUGGUGGCUUCGUCAGGGUGACUUGUCGUGACAAUACGACAUAUACUGGUGGCAUGGUUAUCGGCGCAGACGGCGUUGACAGCAGAGUGCGCGAAGAAAUGCGAAAACUCGCCCUUGAUGCAGCAUGCAAGAAAAAGUUACGCUGCGGUCCCCUUGCUUUUGUAAACAAGGAACGCCCAUUCAAGUCGAGAUACAAUGCGCUUUGGAUGGCCUUCCCCCCCAGUAUCUGUGACACCUUGCGAGCCGGAGAUGCAUUUGAGGUGCAUGGUAAAAAUAUCGCGGUGCAACUUUUUGUUGGAAGAGACAGAGCUACCCUUACAGCAUACAAGAAGAACGACUUACCGAAAAAGGAGAAAAUCUUGUUCGAUGAAAACUAUAUCGAAUCCUUUGUCGACAGUUGCAGUGAUUUAGUUAUUGUUCCGGGGGAAAAGCUCACGCUGCAAACAGCAUUCGACAACUGUAUCGAGUCCGGAAUGACCAGCAUGCCAGAGGGCGUCCUCAAGCACUGGGGUUACGGAAAGAUUGUGCUGGCAGGCGAUGCAGCCCACCAGGUCACACCUAGUAUUGGUUCAGGAGUGAACCACGGCAUCUUUGAUGUCGUUGCCCUUGUGAACGAGCUGCGGAAAGUGCUUGCAGAACAUGACACAACGCCGGCGAAGAUGGGUGGAAUGAGCCAACAGGACGACGAGCUGGCCGACGCGCUUCGAACCUACCAGCAUCAGCGUAUUCCAGUUGUCAAAGAAUGCGGUCGUGUGUCUGGUAAGGUGACUGGCUUGUCUGUUACGUCGAGCCCAUUGUCUAGGAUUGUGCAUAGGAUGUUGUCGUGGGAUGCGGUUCAAAACUACUUGUGGCGUAAGAGUGCCUCGAUGAUGGCGAAAUGCCCAAGGUUCAACUUUAUCAAGACGAAAGAGCCGUUCAGGACUGUGGCAACAGCAUCAUCGUUAAUCAGUCAUCGGUCUGAGUAUCCGAAUGACGGGAGCCGUGUAAGUUUGUUGUACAACACUUACGAAAGACUUUUUUGA